GCUCAGUAACAGCUGAUAACACAUUCUCCUGCCCAUGGGCUCGGUCAUAUAAAGUCUUUAGAAAGCACACCCAGCAUUUCUCAGAUACCUUCACUCGAACAUCCAAAAGUGCUAGAUUCAAGCAGUGAGCAGUCAUGCCAUCUGAUUUAGAGCAGGCCAUGGAGUCCAUAAUCGUGGUUUUUCAUCGGUACGCCGGAAAAGAGGGAUCCAGCGGCACCCUGACCCGCCGUGAACUCAGAACUCUGAUGGAGAACGAGCUUUCUGGGUUUAUAAAGUCUCAGAGGGACCCGACUAUUGUAGACAGAAUAAUGAAGGAUCUGGAUGCAAACAGAGAUGGAGAGGUGAACUUUGAAGAGUUUGUGUCUUUGGUAUUGGGUUUAUCCAUUGCCUGUGAAGAAUCCUACAGGAUGCGAUUAAAGAAGACGCAAAGCUGGAAAUGAAUAGAGGGCAUAUAUAAAGAAGAAAAUGUACAUUUGGACAAAUUGCAAUGCUGAUUUUAUCAUCUAUUAAAAUGUUUGAUUGUGUACAAGA